CUCCAACGCCAAAAUGUCGAGCGAGUAUUUUCUCUUCUUUCUAAUCGUCUCACAUGUCAAAGAGGCCUAUCCGUCGAAGGACCAAUAUACUUCAGAAGACAAUUGUAUGAGGUUCAACUGGAAGGAGUGGUUUUCUUCUAGAGAUAAGCAAACUACCUUGAUCCACAUGGUGAAAAUGAUCCUUGAUGACUGCAUUGCAAAUAAUUCAAAAUUAAAUGAAACGAUUGGAGGUUGUAACGAUCCGAUUGUAAAUAUAACAUUUCAACUCUUUUCUAACUCUUCAAAUUCUAAACCUAUGGAAAUGGAGUUCUCUUCUGUAUUAGCCAUCAGAGAAGAAUCGUUUACCCUCGGCCGUCAAAUUGUUCACGCAUUUGCACAAAUAUGGGAGCUUCUUGUUCUUUGCAUAAUAGCAGCCAUGCUGUCAGGAAUUAUCAUCUGGUUUUUGGAUUACAAAGCAAACUCAGGCCAUUUUCCGAACUCGUUUUGGAGAGGUGUUCGAGACGGAUGGUGGUGGGCAGUGGUUACCAUGACAACUGUGGGGUAUAGUGACAAAGUUCCUAAAUCAUCGCGGGCUCAGGUGUAUGCUUCACUUUGGAUGAUCAUCGGAAUGUUGAUGAUGUCAACCAUUACAGCCCAGAUCUCCUCCUCCGUUACUGCUGAGGGAUUCCACCGCUUAGAUGACAUGUUUGGAGAUAAGAUUGGUGUUCCCUCGGGAGUUAAAAAACUUUUUGAGAGAAAUGAUAGGGGAGCCAUUGUGAAAGAAUAUCACACAGAAAGCGAACUCCUAAACGGCCUGAUGAAUGAUAACGUAGCUAUGAUAAUGCUAUUCGACUGUGACACCGAGGAAAUGGAAAAAAAGCUUCCUCGCUUGACGAUAGUUGACGUAUUUGAAGGAUAUUUGAACGUCACGGUGAAUUUUACGGUGCAAGAAGGAUACAAAGACCUAGAACACUGUUUUCAGACAACUAAACGUGAAACCAGGAAAUCUUACGAGCAUGAGGAGAUGGGAGAUUAUGACCGGGACGAUGAGCGCGAGGAUAUGCAGAAUUCCUGUUUUGAAAAGUACAGCCAUGGAAAAAACCGACAUAAUAUGAAGCAAGGGUCAUCUGAGCGCGGAGUUGAACCCAACCUCUUCAUUCUACUGGCUUUUGCUGGCAUUCUCGUCAUUUUCUUGUUGAUCGGUUACCUUUGGAAUGUUUACAUGAAGAAGACACGGAAAGCAGAUGAUGUUGAUAUCGAAAAAGGAGUGUCUGACACCGAACUGAGAGCGAGUAUUAGUAGUAAAGUGCGCGUGAGGGAACUUUCAACACCAUCACUUGACCAUGAGAUAGAGGUGUGAUGGCCAAAAACCCUCGCACAUGUCAACGGAUACACACUCAUUAAUUUAACAAAUACAUUAAAAUGAAGCGAAGCGGUUGCUAAAAUAAAAUUACAAACAACAACUUACUUCAAUUAUACCGAAAUAAUUUGACAAACUAGAAGACAAAAUGAUGCACAAUAAAUAUGCGUUAUCGACCAAGCGUGAGGUCAAGAUAGCUGGAUAUUGGCCGAGUCCUUGUUUUGCUGGUCAAGUUUUU